AUGGCACCACAGAAGAAUGCUGCUUUUGCAGAGGAAAGCGCUGAGGUACAAGUUCUACUUGCCUCGUUGACCAAGACCAAAGAUUUGACCAAACGUAUCGGAGCAAGUCUCACGCGCCUCGAUGCAAGCGGGAAGAUCGUCAAAGACGCUAUCGGACCUAUCUAUAAUAACACUCAACAGCUCCAAGUUACGAGCCGAAAUAUAGACAGGGUGAACGAGCAGAUCGAAAAGCUGCGAAAACCACUGGACGCCAAAGGAAGGGAGGAGAAUAUCAUUCGUGCUGGCCCUAGGAACUCAGGUCUUAACCAAUACUUGGGUGCUCUGAAAAGGGUUGACAGAGCACUUUCCGACCUGACAGCCUCGAACUUGAGAUCAAACCAGCAAACCAUAUCUGAGUUCCAUGGACUUUUAUCAACUGGUGUCAAUCAGCUACUGGAGCUAUAUCGAUCGUCAUUGGCAGAUGGAGAAAAUUCGAUAGAGCCUUUGCAUUUUCUGACCAAAAGCCUAAAUUUCCCAACUUUGAGCAAUGAAAAGACGACCUAUCUCAGCGAAGUUGCUAACGCUAUCGUAUCUGCAAGCGUUCAGUCAGCAAAGCUGGGACAACGCGAUGAGGAUCAAGGCGUGAAGAUCUAUGUGGAACUUAGAGGAGAAUACCUGCACCAAAGUCUACAGAAUCUUGCUACCGCCUCUAUAAGCACUGCAAAGAGGGCACCGAAUGAUCCAACUGUCUACAAGCGUGGCACUAAUGCCAUUAGCACCUACUCGCAGUGUCUCGAGAAUAUGUUCUUGGCUGAAUAUGCGAACAUUACAAGAAUUUUCAAAGGCGAAACUGUCGGGCGUGUUUUCGCAGCCACUUGUUCCAAGUGUCUCAAUGACUUGAACAAGACUUUAUCUGAACUGAACGGCAUCAUACGUUCGCGUAUACUUACCGACUGCUUUCUUGCCUACGAGAUCAUUGAUAUAAUCACACCGCUUUCCUAUCGUAUUGAAAAACAGACAGGUCAACUACGACUACAGAUCUCUGAAAUGCUCAGACCUGUCAGGGAUACUGCGCGCUCAUCUUUGACCGAGAUACUUUCGCGAACCAGGACUCAAGCCGAGACAACUACCACCCUUCCACCAGAUGGUAAUACAAUCCCACUCGUCCACGAAACCGCCGCUCGUAUCCUUACACUCUGCCAAUUCGACAAACCUUUGAUACAUCUAUUAACAAGCAUCGGAGACGGUGGCUGGCGAAACAACGCACCCAGUAACGUAUCCGCCAACUCCCUCGGUGCAGGUAGCAACACCACUCCUCAAUCCUCCACACUCAAUCUAGCAGACCCAUCAGACAGCAACCCAGCCAUCCUAUCAAACUACCUGGGCGACCUCAUAGACCUCCUCCUAACCACCCUAACCACCCGCUCACAAACCCUCCACAGAACAAAACCCCUCCAAGCAGUCUUCAUCCUCAACAGCAUCGCCGUCCUUUCAACAACAAUAAACUCCAACCCCGAAGUCCAACCCUACCUCUCCUCCUCCCGCCUCGACUCCCAACGCAAAACCGCCUCAAACUUGUACCUGACCGCCUGGCGCGAACCCUCCGCCCACCUCCUCGACACAAUCAACACGACCGCCUCCCGUCCCCUCUCAGGCAGCCAAUCCGCCCUCGACAGCCAAGCAAUCAUCAAAUCCCUCGGGUCAAAGGACAAAGACAAGAUCAAAGAGAAGUUCCGCUCUUUCAAUACCUCGUUCGAUGAGCAGGUGGCGCGACAUAAAUCGUUUGCCAUGGAGAGGGAGGUCCGGGCUAUAUUACAGCGGGAAGUCCAGUCGACGAUUGAGCCGUUGUACGGCAGGUUCUGGGAUAGGUAUCAUGAGCUGGAUAAGGGGAAGGGCAAGACGGUCAAGUAUUCGAAGGCGGAGCUUGCGACUGUGAUUGCAAGUCUGUAG